AAGGUACUCUAUGGCGCAGCUUACAAUCCAAGGACUGUAGCGGAUUUGUAUUUGGCGGAUAGCUGUUUUCGUUUAACCUUACCGAAUUACGCUUUCUUCUUAAACCAUCUUUAUGGACUAUAUGUGAAUAUAUUAACUAUUGGAGCUAACAUAUGCAUGAGCUUUAAGAUACAUCGUGUAUGUCCAUUCUAUAAACAACAUACUUGAUACUAUCAAGAUUAUUCUGUGAAUGUAAGCUUAUUGACAUUUUCUCCUCUUUCGUUCAACAAUAAUCACUCAUCUCAUUGCUGUAAGCCUGAAUAUUAUGCUACUUGUUAUGGGUGUUGUAUCUCCAUUGUAAAGUUUAUUCGUAACCUUUUAAAUAAGAACACUCGCUUCUAAGCUCACUGGGCGUUAUAUCGCAUUUAUAUACUACACGUGACUUUAUUACAUCACUAUUAGUUUCCAGUUCUAUGACAUAUGUAAUUGAAUUAUCCAUUCUCUCCAAUUUCAGGUAGCUAGCGCAUGGUGCAAUAUUAGUUUGGUAUAUACUCCUCAGUUGGUCUGCACUAAAGGACGUCAUAUGGCUAAAUAUAAUCCUGCUGCUUAUACUAUAUCAGACUAGAAAGGUGUUUUGUCAGUGAUCUCAAAUAUUUCUAUCCCUAUUAGUCUUUUGCUCAAUAAAAUGCACCUAAUUAGCUGGACAGACGUAUUUCUUUACCUUAAACUUAAGACCUCUGCUAAAAGUAUCUCUGUGGUGAAGACGAUAAUGACACAUGUGUAAUAGUGGAAAUGUUCUAAUCCGUUGUAUUAUCUAGUAAUUUAGGCGUAACUCAUUUUUUGAUCUUAAGCCUGGCAAAUUUAGUACACGUUUAGAAUGGUUUGGUGUAUUUUAUUUUUAAAUAUAUCGUCUUAUGACUUGAACCUUUUUGGAACUUCAUUCAAAUUCCUUUUACUUUCUCUUCUUAGGUAUGAUAUAUUACCUGUAUUGACGUCAAAAUAUCAUGGGGAACAGUGAGAACGUCGGAUUGUCGAAAUCUGCAACUGCUGGGACUAUUUUCGGUGCUGGAUUAUUGAGUUGUGGACGUAUAGACAAGCGUACGUUUUUAAGUGCUUUCCUGGGUGCUGGACUAGGAUUCGCACUAGGUGUCCUUUCACAUCAUCUGUUGAAUGGUUUAUUACUAUUCUUGAAACGUGAUAAACAGAGUGAACAAUUGCGUCAUAUGACUGAACAGUUAGCUAGCGUUAGAGCAGAAUUAUCGGAACUGCGUAAUGAAUUAUAUAAUACUCAUAUAAAGAGUUUGGAUAGCAAAGACAAUGAUGACGUCCCACCAGUUUUUAUAGCCGAUGAUGACUAUGGCCUAGAUGAUGAUUACGAAAACUACUUUGAUGUAGAAAAUAUCGGUGAUGACUUGAAUUUUUCAUCUAUUCAGUCUGGUAAAUUUCCAGAGGAAGUUUUAUCGUCGGCAAAUUCAUUUCAAAGUGUUUGUAGUCAUCUAAGCAACAACUCUUUGUAUUGGUCGACGACAGUCCAAGUUCCGGCGGAAGUGCUAGAGGAAAUAGAUAAACUGGCUGAUCAUGCUUUAGGUGAGUCUUCAUCAAGUGACUUACAAAUGCAUCCUAAUGACAAUGAUAUCAAUCCAGGCAUACAAGCUUAUGCUAGAUGUCUAGUAUACAUGCAAAAGUAUCGCUAUUGCCCAGAAUUCUUGUGGCGUUUAGCUCGUGCUACUUACAUAGCCAGUGAAGAAGCGCCUUUAGAUGAAACUGUGCCACAAAAGGAUGAUACAUUACACAGUCAACAUACUUUAAAUGAUAUUGCUUAUAAAGUGCAAACUCGUCGCCAGUUUAUUGAGUCAGGAAUAAAAUAUGCACGUCGAGCGUUAAACCUUGCACAAAGAGCUCCUCCACCACCAUUGGAUAACGAUCCAACAAAACUAGCUCCAAUAUAUAAAUGGUUAGCUAUUUUAGUUGGUGUCUAUUCAUCUUACCUCAAUGCUCAACAAAGAAUAGAGUAUGGUUAUGAAUUUAAGGAGUUAAUUGACACCGCAAUCAAGCUUGACGCUUCUGAUGCCCUAUCCUAUUAUCUACAAGGUCGUUGGUGUUAUGAGGUGUAUAAUAUUUCGUGGAUCGAGCGUCAGAUUGCAUCAAGGUUAUUUGGUAAACCUCCGACAUCUACCAUUGAGGAAGCCGAGACGGCAUUUGAAAAAGCUGAAGAAUUGCGCCCAAACCACUACGCUGCACUGUAUCUGUAUCAAGCUAAAUGUUCUUUGUCUUACUUAGAUUACAAAACAGCACUGUAUAAAUUAAACAAAGCUCGAGGUUUAUUUGGUCAACAUAGAUAUCCCAUACCACACACAGAUACCGGUUCUAUACAGCAAGAAGUAGAACAGCUGUAUGAAAAAUACUCUGGAUACCUAUGAAACCAUGUAUAUAGCGAAAAAAUAUUUAUUACUUUAAUUUAUAUAUUUCUCAUUGUUUUCAUUUACUUGAGUUGUAUAUUAUUUAUAUCAGAAAAUGUUUGUGAUAUAUACAUAGAGCGUAAAAAAUUACAUAUAAUUAAGAUAUUCGUUUAUAAAUUUUAGCUUUCUUGGCUUUUUUAUCAGAUACACCAAAAGGUUUAUAUCGCUUUUGGCCAGGAUUUUCUCGUGUUCUCUUUGAUUUUACAUUCAAAUCCACUUUAGGAGUAAUUGUUAGUCCACAUGUUUUUGCUGUUGCGGCCAAGUCUAGUUCAUCUACAUUAAAACAGCUUAAGCCAGACGAAGCGUAAGCACGAACUAUACCUUUGAAGGCUUCCUGAGCGGAAAGAGCGAGGAAAUAGUUGUUUUUGACCAACUUCUCCAAAGCAGGUUGCACAUCCGCCAUCUUUGAAUUGGCUAUUUCAUACUCCACAACCUUAACGCGAGCUUUUCGUAAAAUUGAGAGGAACUCUAAUUCAUGAGGUCUCAACACUAGUAAAGCAUUUCCCGUGCUGCCUGCUCGAGCUGUACGACCAACUCGAUGUAUAUACUCUUUGGCAUCAUCAGGUGGAUCAUAUUGUAAAAUCCAAUCAACCUAAUAAGAGUAAGCCAGUAAAUAAUACAGUAACACACUGCAGAAAAAUGAGGCUAUUGCACUGAAUAUUUAAGAAAGUUUAAAGUAACAUAUAUCUUUUAUUUGAAGGAUAAAAUGAGUAUGCAAAACACUAAAUAAUUUAUUAAUUGAUUAUGAUACAUCCGCAUAUCUAUUUACAAGAAACGGAAUAAGUCAUUUAAAUGCAUUAUGAGAAUACGUUUGGAAAUCUAGUCAUGAGUCUGGCUCACGUAAACAAGCGUAGUGUGGUGUGAUCUACUUAUAUCCAUAUAAGUAGU